AUGCUCACCUCGGUCGCACGCACAAGCACUCCGAGGCUACCCAGCCUCAGCUCCUUAGCCCGGUCAUCCACAUCCACCGCUCUUCAGCGACGCACAUAUGCCAAAGCCGCCGAUCCAGCCCCAGGCUCGAGCGCUUCCUCUGCUACCGGUCCGCAACAAUGGCAGCGCAAGCAGCCUCUUGCAACCGCGCAGACCUUGACGCUCUUCUCCGAGACGCCGCAAGGGCUUCUGAUCGCCUUGCGUUCUACACUGCAGAGCAUGACUUCGCUCACAUCCAGGCUCGGUCCAGCACCCAACUCCAGCGGAUCUUCGUCGACAAAGGGCCAGCACGACCAUGUCUUGCUUUACGCUCUGAGCAAAGAUCUGCCAGCCCAAUACCUCAGCGAGGCGGUGUCGAUCCUGCGAGGUCAAGACCCGUCAAGUUCCACCACAACCUCGAGCGACAAGAAGAAGAGCAGAAAUCGGGACACGAGCGGCAUGACGGCAGCGCAGAUCGCUGCAGCUGAAACCCAGGCGGAUAAGCCAAACGAUUCGACCGACGAUGCAGCUUCUAGGAUUGCCAGGAUUGGCAUCCUGUCCUCGCCGCUGCCGGCCUCUUUGAUCCCAGCCAACGCUAUCGAGCCAGGGUCGCCGCCCAUCGCGACUCCGACGCUGUACUCUGUUGCGCUUUCCCUGCUGCCAGGUGUCAACGCCAUCCCGUUCAGGUCCACCAUCCCCGGGCGAGCAGAGGUCGCCGUAGGCAGAUGGACCGACCGCAAACCCUCGUGGCAGCAAGGCGCCGAACGCAGAGCCGACCUGCUCGACGAUGGCAACGGUGCCUUGCCAGGCGGCAGCCGUGACUGGCGCGACAUCUGGGGUCGCGAAAACCUCGAAGGCAAGAUCCCUGAAGGUCUGGAGAGCCUCAAUCCCAAUUCGGCGGCUUCCUUCAUCUUCUUCUCCGACACCUCGCCGCACGGGCUCUUGGAAGGCCUCGCCACUCAGUUCCCCGCCAGCUCAGUGCUGGGCCUCACAGCUCCACCAACACCAUUCGAGACAGGACGCGACCAGACGCUACUCAUCUCCCUCCCACAGGGGGGUCCAGGCGGCCUCGAGCCGCACAGCAGCAUCCACACCGACGGCGCCGUGGGCGUCGCGCUCGUCGCGAGCAACAACCCCAGCGAUUCGGAUCACCUUCCCAUCCCCAGCGUCAAGACCGACUUCGAAGGUCUCAAACCCUUCGGACCUCGACGCGAGAUCAGCGCAGCACAGGGCAACAUCAUCUCGAGCCUCGACGGCGCCAAUGCGGCGCAGCAGUUUCUGAGGGAUAUCCAGACACGAGAGCAUCCGCUCGAUCUCGACUCGGGCAAGGUGGAGGGCUCUGGCGCGCAGAAGGAGGCGGAGCAGAUGUCGGAGCUGCAAGCUCGACAGAUCGCAUCCAAGGUCAAGAAGGAGGAGGACUUUUUCAUCGCCGUCUACGCGGAGCCAGCAGCAUCCGGUGCUGCGCCGAAUCCGGAGCCAGAACCGCUGAUGCUGGCGCAGAUCCUCUCGGGUCACCCGUCGCGCGGCACGCUUUCCAUCGACACCCAGAUCGAACUCGGUCCCGGUCCAGGCCAGCCGCAAGGAACCAUGAAGACCUACGCGCAGUUCUACCAGAUCGACCCUGCAUUUAUCUCCGAAUCCAGCGCGCAAGGCGAUCGCGUCAAGGCGGAAGUCAAGCUGAUCAGUCCGAGUUCGAUCGAAAUCCCAGGACCGGAUCCUAGCGUCUGGCUUACGCCCCGCUUCCUGUUCCUCUCGCUGCCCGCGUCGAACGAGGAUCUGCCCAAGGUGCACGAGGUCAAGCAGGGCGGGAAGCAUCAGGUCAUGGCUCUGCCGAACCUGUUCGUCGCCGCCUCGGAACGCGGCUGGAUCGCAGGCAAGGGUCGCAAGUCGCCCUCGACCGACAAGCAGGUUCCGCAUCAAAAGGGUCAGGGAGAUCGGUCGAGCCCUGCGUUGGGGCUGCAGAAGGAUGGAUCUUCCAUCAUCACGUGCACGGUGCCGCUGACGAAGGCGACGCUGUCGCUGCGUGCCGGGACGGAGGCGAAGUCCAAGUAG